AUCGCAAAAUUCGUUCAAGCGAAACUUUAGUCAUUUCUUUUCUAUUUUUACAACCAAAGUGAAAUUUGUGGGUGGGGUACCAUUAAACACAGAAUAUUGAUCAGCAUGUUCAAAAGAAAUUAAACACAGAAAGACAUUUUUCCAUCAGAUCGUGUAGUAUAUUUAGAAUGACAGCAAAACGUUCACAUAUAGAGAUUGACCCUGAUUAUGAAGAUGUCUCUGAAGUACAGAACAAGAGGAGGCGUGUCAUCGAAGAAGGAGCCAAAGAAGCUACAAAGAAGAAGAUUGUUUCUAUUAUCAAGAACCAGUUUGACAUGGAAGUCAGUAAUAAAGAAGCGGAACUUCUUAACAUUAGUGAGAAGUUGGAAUUGGCUAGAAGCAUGAUGGAUAGAUUAAGAGCAUGUAUUAUUGCCAAUUUCUAUGGAAACGCAAAUCAGCAGAAAUCCUCGAAGAAGUCAGCUGAUCAAGCACCAAUGAUUCAUCCAACAGUUAGAAAAUUUAUUGGUAAAGCGCCACCUGGCACCCCUGCAUUGCCCAAUCAAAGUGAAGUAAAACAAGAGGCUCCCGAAGGGAAUGCACAGCAGACAGAAUUUGUGUCUGAGAGAAUUGGAAUAAUAACACCAAAAGGACACAGAAAGCCGGAAGCAGAGACCUCGAAAAAUAGUAGCGAGCAAAAUGAUUCAAGAACUGGCAGAUUUAAAGUGAAGAAAAGGAUAAUUGUUGGAAAUGUGUCUAAGAGUAUCCCAGCAGAUCAGCGGGACGAGAAUGAUCAGGCCACACACAAAUGGAUGGUUUAUGUACGAGGACCUAAAAACAGUCCUGGUAUUGACGACUUUGUAAAAAAAGUUUGGUUCUUCUUGCAUCCGAGUUACAGACCCAACGAUUUAGUAGAAGUCAGUCAGCCUCCUUUCCACCUGACAAGGCGUGGCUGGGGAGAAUUUCCUGUCAGGGUGCAGUUACAUUUUAAAGAUCAUAGAAACAAAAAAAUGGAUAUUGUACAUAACCUAAAGUUGGAUAGAACAUACACAGGUCUUCAGACUUUAGGCUCUGAAACUGUUGUAGACAUUGAAAUUGAAAAAGACAUUCCUAAAGUGAAACGAGAAAAAUCCAGUAGUUCAGUGAAGAUAAAGAAGGAAAUAGGUGCUGAAGACAUUACAUCAGGGGCACCAGCACAGGACAGUACUGUUGCCAUGGAGAUUAAAGUGGAACCAGCAGAUGAUCAUGAUUAUGGAAGGUCUGCUUGUUUAGGUGGUAGUGAAACAAGUUCUGAAAGUUUGGCCAACAGGCAAGUGGGAAUGAAUCAUGAAUCUAGUGCAUCUGGAAAUAAAAGUAAUAAUUCAAGAGAAACUUCAUUGUUGGCAGAACAUUUACUGUUUUCUGGGAACCGAGCAGAGGCAGUGGUCAGCCAGAGCAUUAUAACUACGCAGCCACUCACCUUGGUCCCUGUGGGUUCACCUCUGCCUCAGAGUUCAAAUUUACCAAGAAUGUACCCAGUCACCCCACCAAAGAACAAUAUAGUACAGCUUCAGGCAGUCAGUCCUGGUGUUAAAGGUGCAUCCCCUUCUAGAAAUGUUAUAUUGAAAGGGUUAGGGUCACUAAGUGCCUCGAAUGUUGGUGGAAUAAAAACUGUGGUGGGCACCAUGCCAAACACAUUAAUUCAGUUAAGUCCAACUAAAAGUCAAAAUUCUAAAAAUAACUUCAUGGUUCCCUCUCAACCUGUUAUACUCACAAAUGUGCCUGGGAAUCAGCCAAGAGCACAGACUGGAUUAAUACAAACAAGUCCUGUAUCAAAUUUAAAGGUGAACAAAACUGUGAACCAAUCUGCAAAUUCAAAUCUUAUAUUUUUGAAAUGUACAGACAAUCAAGGGAAAACUUACCUCAUACCUCAACAAAUUGGUUCAACUAUUGCAGCAUUGCCCAGGGGAAGUAACCCUGGUCAGAUAAGAGUAGCAUCUCCCAUUACUCAGCCUGUUUUACUGGCCUCAAAUGUUGUAAAUAGUAAACCAGAUGUUAGGCUAUCAGGGGUUCCGUCUGCUAGCCAUUUGAGAGUGAGUCCAUCAACACUGGGGCAAAAUUCAAGGCAGAACAUCACACAGUCUGCCAAAUCAUCGGAAAAUGGGCCAGUAUUAUUUAUUAAACCUGACAACAAUUUAAGUAAAAGGCUGACAAAUGCAACUUUGGUAAAAUCAAACUGUCUCACCCCUGUUUCUAGUACUUUAAAACUUAAAUCUCAAAACAGUGUUCAGUUAGUGCAAAGUGUUCCUCAAAAUCAGAAUGUGAAUAUUUUGAAUCUGAAGUCUGGGAAGCAGACGGUAGUGAAUUCUGGGAACCAGUCUAUGGUAAGAGGUCAAUUGAAGGUCACUUCUCAGGGAUUGAUUCAAGUUCAAGGUCAGCUGAAACCUCAGCAACCUUUAAGAAUUGAUAAGACACAUUUGAAUCUUGUUGAACAAAGAGUUCCAGUAAAUGGUGGAUUGGUGCCUGGCUUAGCACAGCCAGUGAAAUCAAAGCCACAUCCUCUGAUACUGGUACCUGGUGCAAAUAAUAAAGUAGACAUGCUGCAGAGUAAAGGCAAAUCUUUACUGAGUAAUUUACAAGUGCCACAGUCUAAUGGAAAUGUGAUUGUGAUGAGCCAGUCCGAGGCUGUUUCUAAAAAUAGUAACAUUGGAAAAGUUGUGAUAAAUCCUGCAGGAAUUCUUACCCAAUCGGAACAAGGAAAGUUAAUUGUUAAUAAAGGCAAAACUGUUGAUCGAGAUGCAGAAUCAUCUCACAUAAAGCAGCCUGGUUUAUCUAAUCAUAUACUCAUUGUGCCAGUUUCCUCGAAAUCUGCCGUUACCAUGGAAACGAAAGACUCAACAAGUGCAAAUAGUAUCUCAAAACUUGACACUGUAGUAACAAAUGGCCAGCAUCGUCAUGGGCAACAAUCUUUUGAAUCUCAAGACAAGACUUUGAUUGUUGUUCAGAACGACAAAACUCUAAAUACUGCAAAUUGUGAAAAUACUCAGGGCGGAAAAGUGAUGUCAAGUUUGCUUAGUUCUAAUUUAGCAUCACAGUUAAAUCAAUUAAGUGCAAAUAAACACGAGACUCCGGUUACGAUAAAGACUAGUGAUAGUACGGAGAGGAAAAUAAUUGUCGUAAACGGAGAAGACGCGGGCAAAAGUUGCCCGAAAAAAUUGAGCUGGCCGGGGGAUAAGAGGAUUAUGUUAGACCCGAAAAAGAAACGGCAAAAUAAACCGGUGGUUGAAGUCAAGGAGAAAGAUUCUAUAACACCUUUGAGGAUAGAGGACUAUCCAGAUUUAUUGUCUGUGAUACAAGCUGCUGUGAGAAGACAUCCUGUAGUGUCGUCUGCAGUAGGUCGACACCUACAUCCGUACUGUGCAAGGUCGAAGGAAGAGUGGUUAGCUUGGAAUGUUGGGAAACGACGAGCAUCUGAGUGGCAGAGAGCGUCAACUGUGAGACAUUUUGUACAAACAUAUUUACAAGAUGGACUGACAUACAAUGGGGAUUCAUUAUGGACAGUAAAACAGAUCUUAACAUGGUGUAGACUACAUGCCUAUAGUCCACAUUAUCUUGAGCGUCCACUUCACCCGACAGCCAUAGAUUUACAAGCAGAGACUUCUUUACCUUCCGAUCAGCAACACAGGAAGUUUACAUCUGUAACCAAUAGUAACGAUGUUAUACAGGAAGUGACAUCAUUGCAAAAUCUUGUACCUGCAGUUGAAUAUCAAAGUGAUGAGGAAAUUGAUAUCUUAUCAACAAAUACAAAGAAGGUGUAUGUAAAACAGAAAGCAGACACACAUGUACCAUUAACUGAUAUAGAGAUGUUACCUAUAACUGAGGGGGCACCUUUUGUAGAGAAAGUGGUUCAAGAGGUUGGUAUAAAACUUGUACCAACAGAAGUUGAGCCUUCAUAUUUCAGCACAGUGUCACAUGGAAUGUUAUAUAAGGCCAUGGAGUUAUUUAUGGGAGAUGUUUUAAGGGAGACAUUUGCGUUGAAAGUUAACAUGGGAAGAUACCCAGAUGCUCUUGGUGUUGCAGACGUCUAUUCAGCACUAAAUUCUCAACCAAUCACAGACUUUCUUACAAAUAAAUUUCUUGGAGUUGAGGAAAAUAAUGGACUUCCAAAAAUGGAGAGAUGACAGUGUUUGAAAGAAAAAUAAAUACUUAAAACUUCAAUAAUGACAUAUUGAUUGUUAACCUGUAAUUGCAUGACCCAGUCUCAUAAUACUGUUGUGGGCUUUUUUUAAACCCGACAAUUUGAAGAAUAGGGAGAGCUAUUGUACUCUCCCAAGCGUCGGCGUCACACUUUGGUUCAAUUUUUGUGCAUGCUAGUAGGUGUCUCAAAAACAUCUGAAGGGAAUAAGUUGAAACUUCAAAUACUUAUUGUAGAUUAAAAUAGAAGGUUACUCUGCAAGGCUUUACUCUAACUUAGAUUUUAACAGAAUUAUGGCCUCUUGUUUUCUAAGAAAAUCCUACAUUGUCAAGGCUCCUGUUUUUACUACCAAGCACUGAGAAUAGUGGAACAUGCUGUGGUAUCUGCAGCACUUGUUAUUGAAUACAAAUCUGUCAGAGUUUGAAUCAUUGUUUUUGACAAUUCCUUAUCUUGAAACUUUAAGGGUUGUGGCAUUAGAAUUGCAGCCACCGUUUAUCCCUGUGUGAUCAUAAGAGGCAAUUAAAUGGGUUCAUAUUACUGGAAUCUAUGCAUCUCUUAGCUCUGGCAGGUGAGGUGGUUUGGGCACCUGGUAUUGUUUAAGUUUGUAGCACCAGAGGCUAGCCAAAAUCAUCUUUCCUGUUUCGGUGCCAUAAUUAUGUCCUAAAGUUUGCUGGUGCAUCUCUAAAACCAUAACGAAACAAAUUAUCCUGAAACAUUCAUUUGAUUGCAAUUCAGUCAGUAAUUACUUUAUAACUGCAAUCAGUAAUUACUUAAUUACUGAGUACUGACUCCUAAAAGGGACUUCAUUAAGUUUUUUAUACGUGAAGUGACUGGAUUUUUUUCCAGACUGAUGUACCAUUUAAAGAUGGUCUGGAGUAAUAAGUUAUGUGCAAAAUUUUAGAUCAUUUGCUCAAUUUUUUUUUUUCGGGAAUAAUUUUUUUGGGGCGCAAAAUGACAAAAAUUUAAAAAAAAAAAUCCUUUUAAAAUGUCCUUCAGCUUUUAUAUUUUAUUUUCUGUUAAUAAAACAAUUCUGUGUUGUUUCAAUCUGAGUAUUUCAGUAAUUCUGUCAUGGAAAAGUGCAUCGUAUCUCUUUAAGCCUUCUUCAAACCAGCUUACCAAGGGCUAUUUAUAAUGCAUUUAUUUCUAAAAUUGUUAGAUUGGGAAAAACUUGAAUGUAGCCCAUAUUCAAACAUUUUAAAAGUUAUCAAUAUGAAACUUGCUUAUCAUGACAAGGUGCAGUUGUAAGACAAGGGGCAUAACUCUGAAAGUAAUAUUUUUGGAGUUAUGCCUGGGUUUUGACUUGGAAUUUUUGUCGAAAUUGGUGCACAUAACAGACGAGGGUGAACACAGCACUUUUGCAUUUUUGUGAAAGUAGGAUCAAGUAUAAAUAUAUAAUAUAUGUGAACUAUUUAUUACAUAUUGUUGAGGAAUAAAUGUGGAUCUUUUAAUAGCAUUUCUACAAUUAAUAAGGAACUCGGCAGUAAAAGGUUAAUAUAGUUGUUUAAGUGGCAUCAAACAUUCGUAAUAUUUCAGGCAUCAUAUUUAAACAAAAAUUGAAUAAUAUAACAUUUACAUUUUUUUGUUAGAUUUUAAGUAAAUCAGAUUUAUGACAAGUGGCAAACAACCUAAAGUGCAUAAAAAUGAAAUCAGAAAUUUGUUUAAUUGGAUUGUCUCCCUUGGGUUAUUGUUUUGCACUUCAACAGUUUAGACAGCUACAGUUCUGUAAAAAGGUAACUCAGUCCAUUUUAAUCAUUAAAGGAUUGUUGAAGAAUGGCCUUUACUAACAGGGUGAUUUGUAUUCAUAGGGGGUCUUCAUCACAAGUUUGACUGUAUAUAAAAUUAUAGUAUGACCUCAUAAAUUAGGAUUAAAUUACAUCUUCUGGCAUUAAUUGUAUGCAUCAAAUAUUUAUCUUAAAGUCAUUAUUUAGCAAACCCCAGGUCAAAUUAAAUGUAUUCUGCCAGGGAAAUAUCUACAAUUAAUUGAUAAUUAUAUUAUGUUAAGAUUGAAUUUGUUAUCUUAAGCAGAUAGUUGCGUAUUGUGUUACUGUAGAACCAGUUAAACCUGUCACAUGAUUAUUUUUAAGCCUCUAAGAAACCAAAACAUCUUUUUGUGUCUUGAAAUGUUUGCUUGAAUACUGAAUGUUUUGAAUGAAGAUAAAUUGAAUUGUUCUAAAUAGAGUGAAACCCCUGUUAAUUAGAAUUAUUCUGGAAAAAUGGAGUAAGCAAAUGAUCUGAAAUUUUGCAUACAAGUUAUUGGUCUAAACCUCCAUCAAACAGAAAAUUAAUCUUGAAAUAUUAUUUCCAGUCCUGUCAUAUCAUAAAAACCUGAGUGGAGUCCCAUUAACUUAGUUUUUUUACCAAACAAUGAGUAAAAAUUCAUGUUUUUUAAGAUGUUAUUAUGAUGUGUUAUUUUCUGUUGACCAUGCUUGUUAUAUAAUUAUAUGGUUUCUUUUUUACCAUACUCAGUUGAAAUGUUUUUAUCAAGUUAUCAUAAUAUUAGUUUACUGCAAUAUCAUGUAAUUAUUAUGGGUAGGUAUUGUGUAAAGUUUAGAUUGUUCAGCUGCACUAUGUACUGUUUAUAUAGGAAAUAAUGAAAUGCAAUUUGUUUAUAGCAAAUAUUUACAAUUUGCACAUGUUAAAGAAUAAAAUUUUUAUAUA